AUGUAAGAAUCAAUCAUUAAUGAAUUCAAAGAAAAAUACAAUAUUGUGAUAAAUUGUUUUGAUAUGAAAUUUGAGGAGAGAUAUCUACAAUAUAAAUACAAUACAUUGUUACCAGAAUUCUAAGAUAGCAUUUUAUAGGAUGUAUAUUCUAAAAUAAAUAAUAUAUAAAAAGUUAAAAGCUGCAAUUCUUACAGCAUAAAAAGGUUACAUAACAAGGAAGGUGUUGAGGUAUCAUUUAAUGAAUUUAUGUCCUGAUAUUUUCACAUUGUAUAAAGUAGAUGAUGAUUAAAUUUUAGGAAUCCUUACGACCUCGUGUUCAAAAUCAAUUUUAUUUUUCAGGGAGAGGAAGUGGAAUAAAAGUGGAGAAUAUGAAUUGGGUAUUUUAAGAUGGAAUAGGAUUUUGUAUUUGGUUUAGUGUAGAGAAAAUAAAUUAUGAUUAAUUUAAUGAGAAUAAUAUAGGAGUUUAGAAAAUAUUAAGUAUUCAUGCUUAAGGAUCUGAGAAUGGAGGUGGAAUAGAAUGUUUUAUAAUGAGAGGAUCUGUAUAUUAUAGAAUAAUUAAUAAACAAUAUAAAGAGCCAGAGAUGGGUUAAGGUGUAAUGUACAUUGGUUAAUUAAAAGAUGGUUAGAAUUUUUUAGCAAUAUCUCAUGAACCUAAAAAAACAUUCUCCUCAUCACAUUUAACAGUAUUUAAUAAGUUUUGAAAGUAGAUCUUGUUUAAUAAGGAAUAGCAAUGCAAAACAACGUUUGAAUUUCCUCGCUUAAACUCAAAUUUACCUAUGACAAGAUUCAGUAUUUGUGAAAACUUAUUUGGAACAUCAACAUGUAUAAUACUGAUGAGUUAAUCUUCAAGCAAGUUUAUUUUAUAAAUUAAUAUAGAAUCAAUUUAAUUUAAUAAGUUUAUGGAUAACAAUAGUAAAUGGAUUAUAAUUUAUUGAAAAGCUUAUAAAGUACUUUGGACAAAUACUUCGAUCGAAUAAUGUCAAUCUAUAUACCUGAAUUCUCAAGCGGUAAUCGUAUUGCUGAUCUUAUGGGUAAUUUCAAUGCUAUUUUACAAAGUAAUUCAGGAUUUGUCAUAGCUGAUAAGAAUAAAUUUAAUUAAUUUGGAGGUUUUAAAUUAUUUUAUGCACUAUUACAUAUAUCUGCAAACUAUUAAGAUUAAAUUACUAUUAUGUUUGAAGUAAUGAAUAUCAUUCUUAAAAAUAAUCCAUCAUUGUAAGAUUAAGCUUAUCAUUCUAAAUUCUUACCUACUGUUGCUUCUAUAAUCAUGAGUUUUGAAAAACCUUUAAUAAAUGCUAAAUGUGUAGAAUUAUUAAAUGAAUUUAAAUUAAUCAUAAUCGAUAAUAGAUUAAUGUAACACUUUUUCAUUUACAUUCUAUGGAAUUCUAAAUUACAUUAAUAAUGUACUACAGAAAAUGUAUUCAAAAAUUAUCUUUAAUUAUCAAGCAUCAUUUACUUACAAAAUCAAUUCAUUAAUUUCAUCUCUCCUAAAGAUCUAUUAGAUAUUUUAUUUUAUUCCUAUAAUGAUCAAUCAUGUUGUAAUUUACAUCAUCCAAAUCCAAAGCCUUCAUUUCAAUUGAUAUUUUUUAAUAAAAUACUCUAUUUAUUCGAUUAACAAAAUGAUUUGACUGAUAAAUUAAUACUUUUUGAACCCUACUUCCUAUCCAAAAUGUCUCCUUGUCUUUUAUUAUAAAUCUUCACAAAACUAAAGGUACAUUCAUUCUAAUUUAAUAGAGCUUAUUAGUUGACAAUUAAGAUAAUACUAUAAAAACUAUACAUAUUUUAUAUGUAUGGUAUCAAAACAAUAUUGUUUAUCAAUUAUUAUUUCUAUUCAAAACUACUUAUUAUAAUGAUAUUAGAGCAAUCCUUAUCUAUUUCUUGAAUUUGAUUUCAUAGUAGAAAUUUAUCAAUUAUUAAUAACAAACUGAAGAAGCAAUAGAAUUUAUCAAUAAUUUUAUAAUAUAAGAACAAAUUGGAAAUGAUUAAUAAUUUUAAGAACAUAAAAAUUAAUAACAAUUCUCAUUAGCCCCAAUUUACAAUCAACUUAUGGGUUGGAUGAUAGAUAAAUUAAAAAUUGGAGCUAAUGAAUCAUUGAUGAUAGAAGAAGGAGAUCAAAUUCAUUAUUCUAGUAUUAUCAAUAUAAUUAUGAAAAUCCUAAAAUAUUCACAAGAGGAAAAUCUCAGGGCUUAAAUAUUAUAAGAUCUAUUAUGUUUAUGUAAAUCACAUUAAUGCAAUUCUCAAUAAAUGUUAAGUGAACAACAAUUUUAAUCAACCCUAUUACAUAUUAUUCAAAUAUAGGAUGAAAAUAAUCUAGUACUUUAUAUUUAACAUAUUAUAAUUAGAUAUAUGAAAUUGGACAUAGAUUACACUCUACACUAUUAAUGAAUGUUUUGAAGAAUGAAGCAAAUGGGGCAGAGUAUUUUUUAGACUUACUUAAAUUUAAUGGUUAAAAUGAUAAAGAAAUAUAAUCCAUCUAUGAAUUACUAUAGUAUUUAUACAUUUUAGUAAUGUUAGUGAUUAAUGUAAAAACUAUUCGCCAUCUUUUGAAUCCUAAUUAUGGAAGAAUAUUUUGAUGAUUCUCAUGUAUCUUUGUGAUAUGAAGGAACGUUAUCAAGAAUAUAUAAUUAAGUUUAAUAAUAUAAUUAAUUUACUCUAUAAAGAUUUUUUAUUUAAAGGAUACUUUGAAGGUAAUAUAAACAUUUAAAUUUAGAAUAACUUGAUCAAAUUUCUAGUUUCUUUAAUGGUCCAAUUAAAGAAUUAUCUUAUAGAAUGUUUUCAUUCUUAAAUAGUAAUUUAUAUAAUUUUCAAGUAUUUGAAAUUCUAUUGAGAAUCAGUAAUUAGGAAAAUCUUUAUUAAUUGUUAUUAGUUUAUUCAAUUACUUAUGAGAUUUGUAAAUCUGAAAUCAAUUAUCCUUUAAAAUAGAUUAUGUCUACUACUUUAAAGAAGGGUUAAAAAUAAAGAAUCAAAGAAGUAAUAAUAUAAAUGUGUUUAAUGAUAAUGGUAGUAAAUGGAUAACAUAACAAUACAUCAUUCUUAAAUAAAUUCUUUAUUGAGUUAUAUGAUGAUUUUGAUUAAUUACUUAAAGUAUUGUAAUAGUAAUCAUUUUUGAAUGAUAAUCUUAUAGAUGAAUUACUUAUUAAGCUGAAAUUGAAUGAAGAUUAUGAUGAUAUUAAACUUAUUCAUCCUUAACGUUGGUCAAAAGAAUCAGGUGUAUCAAUAGAGAUUAUAUCUUAAGAUGUUUAAUUAUGUGGAGAAGCUAGAUUAAUAUAAAAUUAAGAAAAAAGAGCCUAAUGGUUAUAUAUUGAAAGUAAUAAAGAACGAAUUGGACGACGUAAAUAUUAUAAAAGUUUAUAAUAAUUAUUUUUGGAAGGUGAAUGGCUUUAACAAAAGAAAGGAUUCUAUUAAAAAGAUUAAAUCAUUAAGGAUUUCAAUUAAGAAUUUGAAAAGGAUGAGAAUUAUUCAGUAAGAAUUUCAAAAAUGCUUACAAAAUCAUUAGUUCGUCCUUACCUAAAAACAAUUGCUAAGAUUCCAGAAAAGUUUAAAAAUAAGGCUGUUGUUUAAACUCCUUAAGAAGCACCUUUGUUAUUAUACACAAAUUCUAAAUAAAAAUCUUUUGGAAAUUUAUAAGCUAUUUAAGCAGCAACUCAAUUAUAUAAUAUAAGUAAAGCAAUAGGUAGCAAUAUAAAGAAUGUUGUUAAGACAAUUGCUACUUAAUAACCUUUUGAAUAAUUUAAUGUAAAAUCAUUUGCAGAUAAUCAUUUUAAAGGUAAAAGAAUCAAGGUUAUAAAUGGUUUAUUUAUUUAUCAUGCUUUUUUGACCUUAACUGAUUCACAUCUUUUAGUAUAAUAUGAAAAAUUAUUUGAAAAAGUUAGUCAUGUAUCAUUUUGUGAUUUUUAAUUGAGAGAUGAUUAAUUAUUGCUUAAAUAAUAUCCAUUAUACAAUUUAUAGUAGAUAAUAAAGAAGAAAUAUUUACAAAAAAGAAAUGCUUUGGAAAUUUUCUUCAUUGAUGGGUAUAUAUAUUGAUUUAUAAAAAUAAUAAAGUAAAUCAAUAUUUUUCAGCGUUCCUGAUCCGAAUGAUUUAGAUGAAAUUUCAAUAAAAAUUUUAAGUUUCCGUAAAACUUAAAAUGCCCCAUUUUUGAAUCAAAGUAAGACUACAGAUCCAAUAAAGCUGUUAGAUAAAUAGGGAUAUUAUUAAAAAUGGAUUAAGUACAAUAUGAUAUAUAAUUAGAUCACAAAUGAGUAAUUUUAGAUACUUAUUGAUGAUUAACAAUUUAGCAUCAAGAAGUUAUAAUGAUAUAACUUAAUAUCCUAUAUUUCCAUGGGUGUUAUAAGAAGAUGAUAAAGCUAUGUAAUAGUAAUAAUAAAGUAUUUAAAUAUAUCCUGAGGGAAGAUUUAGAGCAUUUUAAAAGACUAUGGGAGCUAUGGGGAAUUAAUAAAGAGUGUUAAGUUAUAUAGAAAGAUUUGAAUAAUCUGAAUAGGGUAGUGAAAUACCUUAAUUUCAUUAUGGUUCACAUUAUUCAACACCUGCCAUAAUAUCUUAGUAUUUAGUAAGAUUGGAACCAUUCACAAGUGCAUCAAAAGCAAUUUAAGGAGAUAGAUUCGAUAUAGCUGAUAGAUUAUUUUAUUAUUUUUGUGAGAGUUAUAGAUGUGCUGUUGAAGAUAUUGCUGAUGUAAGAGAAUUAAUACCUGAAAUAUUUUGUUUACCUGAAAUGUUUUUGAAUUUGGCAAAUCUUAAUUUUGGUAAAACUUAAACUGGUUUAUUUGUUAAUAAUGUAAUACUACCUAAAUGGUGUAAUGGUAAUCCUUGGAUUUUUGUUACUGGAUAUAGAAAUGCUUUAGAAAGUGAAGAAGUUUCUAAAAAUCUUUAAGAAUGGAUAGAUCUUAUAUUUGGAUAUAAAUAAAGAGGCAAAGAAGCUGAAAAAUCAUUAAAUGUAUUCUUCUAUUUAACAUAUGAUAAUUAACUUACUCUAGAAAAAAUGGAAGAAAAUAAAUUAGGAAUCGAAUCUUAAAUUGUAAAUUUCGGAAUCACUCCCUUAUAACUAUUUACAAGAUAACAUAAUGAAAAAAUAUUUAAUAAUGAAUUUCCAAAUAUUCUAUCUUCAUCCAAUUUAACUUUGUUUAGACCAAGUUAAAAGAAGAAUAUACAAAAUACAUUAAAAUAUAUAAUAAAUUUCUAAUCUCCAAAUAAUGAAGCUAUUGUUAAAAUAAAGUUAAUAUCAAAUGCUAGAUUACUAUGUUUAAGAAAAGAUGGUAAAAUCAAUUAUUUCAAAUAUGCCUCUAGUAAUGAUCUCAAAUAUGCCUCUUAUAAUGAUUCUAAUUAAACUGAAUAACCUUUUACAUUUGCAGCUGAAAAAGAAAAACUAUUCAAUUUUAUCAAACCUUUAGGAGAAUCCUAUAUUCUAUCAGAUUCAUUUGUAUAUCUUCCAUCUUAUCCAAUUCUUAUAUUGAAUUAGGGAAAGAUAUUCCUUUGUGGAGGAUAUUAUUAAGGCAAACUACUAGCUAUUGGAGAAAAUAAUCAAAUCUCUGAUAUUUAUAUAUUUCAUACUUCUACCAUUACUAAAUUAGCUACUGAUAAAAAAGAAUUUAUGGUAAUCACUGGCGAUAAAACAGGUCACGUUAUUCUGUGGAAAAUAGAUAAAAGUACAUAUAAAUUAUAAGUUGAAAAACAAUAUUUCCAUCAUUAACAUUAAGUAUUCUUUUUUAUUUAUCUAUUUAUUAGAUCAAUUGUAUAUAUGUUUCAAAUAAUAUGAAACUCUUUGCAACUGGUUGUGCUGGAGGUUCCAUCUAUGUUUAUAAUCUUUAUAAUGGAUCCUUAUUAAGAUCUUUUAUGCAUCCUAAUAAUAAUUCUAUUAACUCUAUUAUUAUGAGUAGUCGUCCACUCUUUUGUAUUGUAUUCUUCUCUGCUCAAGAUCAUAAAAUUUAUAGCUAUUCCAUUAAUGGAUUUUUAUUAGAAGUAUAAUAAGAAAAUUGCUUCACCAUGAUAGAUUGUCAAAUUAUUAAGAAUAAUCUCCAUUAAGAUAUUAUGGUAUUUUAUUAUUAUUAAUACAGAUAUAUGGUACUGAAAAUUCAGAAAUAGUCAGAAGACAUUUGCCAUAUCUAUAGCCAUUUUAGAGUAAAAUUAAAUUAAAUAUUAUUCCAUUAUCCAUAAUUAUAUCCAAAGAUAAAAGAUUUCUAUUUUGUGGAUGCAGCGAUGGCAAUUUAACAAUACUAACAGAAUCCCAAAAAAAUAAAUGAAUAUUUAUCCUAUUAUUAU